AUGUUUAGACCAGUGGCACCACUGUCUGCCACACUCCCUCCCUUGGUUUUCGGUACCGCCACCUUCAAUUAUCAGUAUAAUGUCGAUCCAUAUGCCCUGAGCACUACAUCCCUCGUCCAGAAAGCACUCGCUCAAGGCGUCCGCGCCUUUGACACCUCCCCUUAUUAUGGGCCCGCCGAAGAAAUUCUGGGAUCGGCCUUGGACUCGGAUAUAGUUCGAAACCAUUAUCCACGGGAUCAAUACUUCAUUCUCACCAAGGUCGGUCGAGUCGCCUCUGACAGCUUUGACUAUUCGCCUGCAUGGGUCCGCAAAAGUGUCCAACGAAGUUGCAAUCGCUUAAAAACCGAUUAUCUCGAUGUCGUUUAUUGCCACGAUUGCGAGUUCGUCUCGCCACGGGAGGUCCUCGGCGCUGUGCGUGAACUGCGCCGCAUUCGGGACGAAGAAGGGACUCUCCGAUAUGUCGGCAUCUCCGGCUAUCCAGUCCAUGUCUUGUGUGAACUGGCCGAGAUGAUUCUCCAGGAGACCGGGGAACCUAUUGAUAUUGUACAGUCGUACGCUAACUUUACGCUCCAAAACACAAGGCUGCUCUCGGAAGGUCUCCAGCGCCUUGUCACCGCCGGCGCUGAUGUUGUGACUAAUGCUAGCCCACUAGGCAUGGGAUUGCUGCGAAGAAACGGUCCUCCACGUGGAGGGAUGGGGAACUGGCAUCCUGCGCCGGACGAUUUGCGACAGGCGUGUAUCGACGCCGGAGAAUGGGCUAACAGCCAGGGAGAGAAACUGGAAGUCGUCGCAGUUCGAUUUGCUCUCGAGAAUUGGCUGCGCGAGGGCGCAAAGGCUGGAGCAUGGGGCAGUCCCCUUGGCGAUGAUGAUACGACCUACGGUCGCGCCCUCAAUCUGCCUCGAGAGAAGCUCGGUGUCACUGUGAUGGGAGUCAGUAAUAUGGAAGAAUUAGAGGAGACAUUACGAGUCUGGAGGAGUGUCCUUGAUGGGUUUGCCGACGACCUCGAUGCCGAACCAGGCACAAUCACCCCAUCAGAUGCCGUCACCGAUCACGAAUGGUCUCUAUUGCGCCGUCAGACCAUUCGUGUACUUGCCAAAGGCAUCAGAGAAGUGAUUGGGCCUCAAUGGGUAGACUACGUUUGGCCUUCUCCUGACCCAGGAUUUGUGAAUCAACUGCAAGCUUCCAACGUGGUCGACGAGCCUCGAAUCGUGGAGCCUGCUGUGGUGCCCGAAGCUGGUAUCUUGACUCCGCCUCUGGAUGCAGGUGACGAUGGAAAGUCUGCAGAUAUGUCGGAUGUUGUGUUGAGAUUUGACCGCCAAGGUUGA